UCUUUUCAGAUCUAGCGGCUGGCAUUAUUUUCUAAUUGAAAGUUAAAACAAUCUACAAUCUAGGUGCUUGGCUGAUGAAGCAUCUCUCCUGUUGCUUUAUUCUCUAAUGCACGGAAAUUCAUACUUUUUGGAGUAUAUUUUGGUGCGAACAGAUCUGGAUACACUGUUGAUGCCCAUGUUGGAAACUUUAUAUAAUGCUCCAAGAAGAACGCCCAAUCACAUAUAUAUGGUUCUGAUAGUCCUUCUUAUACUUAGCCAAGAUUCCUCUUUCAAUGCCAGCAUUCACAAACUGAUGCUUCCUAAUGUUCCAUGGUAUCAAGAACGUCGCCUUCAUCAAACUUCUCUUGGUUCCCUAAUGAUCAUAAUUUUGGUUAGGACUGUGAAAUAUAACCUCUCUAAACUGAGGGAUAUCUAUCUUCACACUAAUUGCCUGGCAACUUUGUCAAAUAUGGCACCAAAUGUUAACCGUCUGAGUGCAUAUGCAUCACAACAGUUGGUCAGCCUUUUUGACAUGCUUUCACGCAAGUACAAUAAAUUAGCAGAGCUUAAAAAUGAUAAGAUGAACAUAGCAGAUGCAGUUGCAAGAGGAAACAACUUUCUGGAGGAUCCUUUAAUGGAACUGCAUAUAUAUACCGACUUCCUGAGACUCGUGUUGGAGAUACUAAAUGCAAUUCUAACUUAUGCAUUACCAAGAAAUCCAGAGGUUGUUUACGCAAUUAUGCAUAGGCAGGAGGUUCUUCUACCAUUCAGGAAUCAUCCCCGGUUUAGUGAGCUUCUGGAAAACAUAUUUACUGUACGUAUUCAUCCGAGAAUAUUCCAAUUUUGGACUUUAUAAUCAAAAUUAGUGUUACCUCAUGUAUAACAAAUGUCC